AUGGGUUUGGAGAAACGAUCGCGACGGGGCUGCAAGCAGUGCCGGGCAGGCCACCACAAAUGCGACGAGAUAACGCCCGCCUGUCGUCGUUGCCAAAACCGCGGCUUCGUCUGCGACUAUGGCUCAAUUUCUAUCAGAUGGUGCAAUGUCCGAACAGCUCAGUCCGUCGGUCAACAAACUGGCUCCUCGCGGGUUUCUCCUGUGGCUCCUGUGGAACAACACGACUCUCCCUCUUCUUCUACAUACCUCUCCGCCGGUAGAGAGACUAUCCAAUUUCAUGGCUAUAGCUAUACCGAUGCGCAUCCCUCCUCUUUAUCGCCUCAGAGCCCGGCUGUUUCACCAGUAUUGCAGAGGACUCCACUAUUUGAACAACCAGAGGAAGUGACAUUGUAUACAUAUUAUGUCAAUCGGGUCGCAGGGGAACUUCAGGCUCGUGACGGAUUUCACAAUCCAUACCGCAAGUUGUCCGUUUUCAGUCUCAGUUUUCCAGUGCUUUUGCGAUCAAUCUUGUCGUGUGCGGCCGAGCAUACCCGUAGCCUAGGUCUCUGUCCUGCUCAAUUGGCCGUAGAUCUCCACGAUCAAGCAAUCCGAGAAAUCCGUCUAGAACUCGCUGGAUGGUCACCACGCACACCGGUGGUGCAUAGCAGUCUCCCCAUUUCGAUUGGCAUGACAGCUGAUGAAGCGCUUCUGGCAGCAGUCUUGUUGCAGCCCGGUGCUAUUGCAUUCAGUGGGAGUUCACCCCUCUCGGUGCACACGCAUCUUGAAAUCGGAUUCCACAUGCUCACUGACCUUGGAUACUUGAAAAAUCCCAAGAUUGUCAAUUCUUUCAUUCCAAAAUUUCUACUUCAGCGGUUUGCCAUCGUUGAUCUUGGGAUCUGUGUGUGGCAUAGACGGAGGCCUCGUAUUGCUCCAGACAUAUGGCUCAUUGAACCCAUCGAUGUCAGUAAGAUCAUGGUAGAAAAUGCCUUUGAAGACAUUCAACCCUCAUUCUACGAAAUGGUGGGCUGCCCAUAUACUGUUUAUACAUUUCUCAACCGUGCCAUGCAUCUUGCCAGCGACGUUUCUUGCAUAUCAAGUCCGCAGUCACAAAGAAAUAUCUAUCAGAAAGCAAUUUCACUUGAAACAGAAAUCCGCACGUACGACCUCACCCUCCAUGAUUUCAGGGAUAAUGGAGGUCUUCCCGAUGCACCCAUGGCUGCAAUUUGCCGUGCCUUCACGCAUGCUGCAUUGAUUUUAUUGUUCCGUCGGGUCUUUCUCGAGCCAUCCUCCUCCCCAAGAGUUCAAAAUAGUAUAGAAACAAUAUUCGCACUCAUAGACAAGAUUCCAGUCACCCCAAAAUACGCAUCUGCCGGGGCAGAAGAUGUGCAUUCUGGAAUCGACUCUGCUACGGGUCUUCCAUUCUAUCUUGCGGCGCGCGAAGCCCUCACAGUUGAAACUCAGGGUAUGAUCAGAAAGAAACACGAGGCAUGGCGCAAAGUGUAUCCAAAUCCGGCUAGGAUUCAGCUGAUGAAUGUGACCGAAAGGCUCUGGUUGGAGCGAUUUAAAGAUCCUGAUUUGAGCGAAGAGGCCUGCCAGGAAAUUGAAACUUCGUGUGAUGCAUAUCUCUUUUAG